GGCUGGGGCGGGCUCUAGCGGGGCUGAUGUUCCCGGUCUGAAAUAGCAACUGAGAAAAAUGGCUGGGGCAGCGGCUGCAGCCGCGGCGGCUGCUGCUGUAGCUGCCGCUACGGCGGCCUCAUCAACCAAGAUAUCGUCGUCGGCCCCGCAUCUAACUUCGUCUUCUACGUUUUCGUCCACUACCACCAUCCCGCCCCCGAUAUCGGUGUCGAUGCCCCAGUUACCUUGGACACCCGAUUCCCCGAUGCAGAUUGGCUUCGUGGGUGCAGGCCGCAUGGCUGAAGCCAUCGCGAUGGGCAUCAUCGUGUCAGGAAAAGUGGACGCUCACAACGUAAUGGCGAGUGCUCCAUCAGACAAGAACCUGUGGCAUUUUCAGAAUUUGGGCUGUAAGACAACUCAUUCAAACACCGAAGUACUUCAGAACUGCUCCAUAGUUUUUUUUGCCACCAAGCCCCACAUCCUGCCUAUUGUAUUGGCUGAGGUUUCUCCUGCUGUCACCAGAAAGCAUGUCCUUGUCUCAGUGGCUGCUGGUGUCUCUCUGCACACCCUGGAGAAGCUGCUACCCCCUAAGUCAAGGGUGCUCCGGAUCAUGCCUAAUCUACCUUGCAGAGUCCAGGAAGGUGCAGUGGUAAUGGCUCGAGGCCGCCAUGCUGAGAAGUGUGAAACAGAAUACCUACAAAAGCUCUUAUCUGUCUGUGGUCUCUGUGAGGAGGUACCAGAGGCCUACAUCAACAUCCACACAGGCCUCAGUGGCAGUGGUGUAGCCUAUGUCUGCAUGUUCUCUGAGGCUCUGGCAGAAGGUGCCAUCAAAUUGGGAAUGCCAAGUGGCCUGGCUCACCAAAUUGCUGCCCAAACACUUCUAGGUGCAGCCAAAUUGCUUUUACAAAGUGGACAGCAUCCUGCCCAGCUUCGAUCUGAAGUGUGUACCCCUGGGGGUACCACUAUCUAUGGGCUCCAUGCCUUGGAGCAGGGUGGAUUACGAGCUGCUGCAAUGAACGCGGUGGAAGCUGCCACCCGCAGGGCACAGGAGCUGAACAAGCAGUAGGGAUCUUGGGCACCAGCCAUCUCCUUCCCCAGCCUUGCUCUUGCUCCUUCUCCCCCAGAGGUUGCAAGAGCUAACAGUGUGGGUGAAGGGAGAGACCUCUCAGCUGUGGGCAGAAACCCCCUGCACAAACCAGCUGGCAUCUUUCUUCCCUGGGCACAGGACCCUUUCCUUGAAUGUGUACCUCAAUCACUCCCUGCCUCCCCACACAAAAGGACUCCGGGUUAAUCUGCUGUUAGGCACAUCCUCUCCACCCUGGGAUAUGUGUGGAUAUUCACUGGGAGGACAGCUGCUUCCCUUUUUUCUCUUGCUAGACUUGUCCCACUCUGCUCAUAGGUUUUGUAAGGGGCAAAAUGAAUUCUGUAUUGGGAUCCUUCCCAAGGGUCUAGUGGAAGAGGAUAGUAGUAGCUCUGCCCUUUCCAUUCCAGUCCCUGCUUUUCCAAGACCUUUCCAAACAGGCAGGGAACAAAAAAAGAUCCCCAAGUUUAUGCACCAGUUGAUUUUAUGUUGGCUCAGCCUGACUACAGCUCCAGCCUCAAUUUUCUCAUCUCCACGCAGGAAAUUUCAAGGCAAAAUCACCUUAAUAAAGCUCCAUGGGUCUUGUUGA